AUGCCGGAAAUGGCUAGCCACAUUGAUACAGUAGCGGGUGCAAAAUUCAUUACUGUAUGUGACGUACAAAGCGCGUACCACCAAAUACCAAUCGCCGAAGAAGAACAAGACAAAACGGCAUUCGUAACACGAAAUGGGAAAUGGGUUUUCAAAAGACUUCCCUUCGGGAUUGCUAACGCUCCCUUCCUCUUUCAACGUACAAUGGCGUUGGCGUUUGCACAUUUUGGUCCCAAAUCCGGGCUCCUGGUGUACAUGGAUGACUUAAUCUGUUGUUCAUCGACAUGGGAGGGACACUUAAAACUGUUGGAAAACACGUUCCAAGCUUUGCAAGCAGCAGGGCUCACCUUGAAACCAUCCAAAGUACAAUUCGGACCACAAGAGGUGAAGUACUUGGGACACAUUCCCUCAUCAGAUGGAAUACGUCUUGGUGAGGAUCGGAUAAAAGCGAUACUAGAUAUACCAACGCCAACAAACAUCAAAGAGCUACGAUCAGUGCUGGGGACAGUCAACUAUGUGCGGAAGUUCAUUCCAAACUUGGCGACAGUCACCGCACCCCUGGUUGACCUCACGAAAAAAGAGGCAAUGAAGUCAGUGGCAAAACGUUGGGGACCGGAGCACGAUGAAGCGUUUGCGGAAGUAAAGAAAUUGCUCGCCGCAGCUCCUCUGUUAAACUUUCCAGACUUUUCUAAAGAAUUUGUAAUUCAUGUCGAUGCUUCUAAUGCUGGUACAGGAGCAUUCCUAGCCCAAGAAGAUGGUGACGACCUGAAGAUCAUAGCAUACUUUAGUCAGCGUUUCAACAAAAGCCAACUGCACUACUCAGCAACCAUGAAAUAA